ACCACUUUCCUCAAUUCCCAAGAUCCCCAUCCAUAAUCAAGAAAGCCUCACCCUUUCUAUUUUCCCCUAUCGAAAUUAGGGUUUUCUUUCCCACUCUGUUCACGUCGCCGACUCCAUAAACACACCCAAUUCAAUCGAAUUAGGGUUUUCUUUCUUUCUCACUCCCUAUAAUCACAAUCCCCUGAAAAUUCAGUACCCCAAAACCCACCAUGGAUCCCAAAUACAAUGUCCAGGCGGCUUCCUACCAAGCCAACCAGGCCCGCCGCUUGCCGAUCUCGGAGGCGGCGCCGAUCUACGAGAAUCUCCUGACGGCGUUCCCGACCGCGGCGAAAUACUGGACCCAAUACGCCGAGGCCCAGAUGGCGGCGAACGACGACGAGGCCACCAAAAACAUAUUCAGCAGGUGUUUGAUGAAAUGCCGCCACCUCCCUCUUUGGCAGACCUACAUCAAUUUCAUCAGAAGAGUCAACGCCAACAACGGCCAAGAGGGUCAAGAUUUGAUUAGGAAAGCCUUUGAUUUCGUGAUUAGUUGUGUUGGGGAUGAUAUCACUUCUGGGCCUGUGUGGUUGGACUACAUUAGUUUCUUGAAGUCUAGCAACCAGAUUGUUUCGCUGCGAAAAGCUUACCAGAAGGCCUUUUUGACUCCUAAUCAUCACAUGGACCAGCUUUGGAGUGAGUAUCAGAGUUUCGAAAACACCUACAACAAGGACCUUGCGAAAAGCCUGUUGGCUGAGUUUUCGCACAAGUUCAAAGGCGCCAAGGCGGCUUAUUGGGAGAGGAGGAAUGUGGUUAAGGACAUCGACUUUGGCAUGCUUGCUGUGCCGCCCACUGGCUCUCCCAGGGAAGAAGGGCAGUGGAUGGCGUGGAAGAAGCUGUUGGCUUUUGACAAAGAAAACCGACAGAGGAUAGACAUUGCAUCGUGCAACAAGCGAAUUGAAUUGGCAUAUGAGCAGUGUCUGAUGUAUCUGUGCCAUUACCCUGAUAUGUGGUAUGAUUACGCAAUGUGGCUUGUGAAAAGUGGUUCCAUGGAUGCUGCAGUCAAAGUGUUUGAGAGAGCUUUGAAGGCUGUUCCUGAGUCCGAGAUGCUGAGGUAUGCGUAUGCGGAUCUGGAAGAAUCCCGGGGAGAAAUCAAGGCUGCAAAGAAGAUAUACGAGAGCCUUUUGGGAGAUGGUGGUACUGGCACAUCACCAGGACUUGCUCAAAUACAGUUUCUUCGAUUCUUAAGGAGGACUGAAGGUAUUGAAGCUGCUCGCAGCUACUUUUUAGAAGCUAGAAAAUCCCCAAAUUGUACUUAUAAUGUAUAUGUUGCAUAUGCGAAUAUUGCCUUAUGUCAUGAUAAAAAUAUGAAACUUGCACACAAUGUUUUUGAAGCUGGGAUGAAACUGUUUAUGCAUGAGCCUGAGUACAUUCUUGAGUAUCUAGAACAUUUGAUUCGUUUGAAUGAUGAUAUGAAUGCUAGAGCCUUGUUUGAGAGGGCAUUAUGCUCAUUGCCAACAGAGAAAUCGGUUGAGAUAUUGAACCGUUUUGUCAAGUUUGAGCAAACUUAUGGAAACUUGACCAGUAUGUUGAAGGUUGAGCAAAGAAAAAAAGAAGCACUUUCUAGAAUAGGUGGUGAAGAGCAACCUUUAUCUUUGGAAAGUUCAUUGCAGGAUGUUGUAUCACGUUAUAGUUUCAGGAAUCUUUGUCCCUGCUCUAUGAAGGAUUUGGAUCAUUUAACCCGACAAGAGUCCCUAUCUAGAAAUAAGAAUAGGAAGGUUGAUAGUUCCUCCCCUGUUCCGACUGAAGCUAAACCAUCCGUGGUACCGGAUUCAUCAGUGCCAGUGUCUACAAAAGUAGUUUAUCCAGCUACAAAUCAAACCACACCUACAACAGCUGUUGUUCCAAACACAGUGCUACAAAGCCAAACACCCGUGGCUGGAAAUGUUCAAACCACAAUGGCACUAGUAGGUGGAGAUCCAAAGUUUGAUGACAUACUAAAAACUACACCUGCUUUGGUAGCCUUCUUGACAAAUAUGCCGCAGCAAGUUGGCGGUCCAACCCCAGAUGUGGAUGUUGUGUUAUCAUUUGUUUUGCAGAGUGAUAUACCAAGCAACUCAACCAGCAGAAAAAGGAAAGCCAAUGAAUGGGAGGUUGUUAAGGAGGUCAAGCACCAGCCGAUAUUCCCAGUAGAUGUUUUCAAGAUGCGGCAGUUGCAGAAGUAUCACCCUACCGGUUCUCAAACAGGAUCAGCCUCCUGCGGGAGUUCUAGUUGUAGUUCUGGAGAUUACACUGUAGUUACUCGCAACACUAUCUAAAUGUAAAAAAAAGUAAAUUCUUUUAUGUUGUUUCCUCACUUCCUGAUCUUUUGCAGAUCAGUCUCAUAUGUACAAAUAUCAUUUACUCAAUAAAUACUCCACUGUUCAAAAGUAAUUUCCCGAGCA